CCGUUACUACCUUACCUUACCCCUCCCCGCCCAUGACGCCCUCCCAUAAAUACAGGACGACUGUCUCGUUUUUCUUUUGAUUUCCUUUUUCCUUUUCCUUUCUCUUCAUUCUAAUCCAUUCCAUUCCAUCUCUCUCACUUCUCUUGUCAUCACCUCAAUCUUCCAUCUUCCAUCUAUCUUCACACUCUCCCAAUCACCCCAUCUACACACAACCCCCCCUCACCACCAUGCCUAUCCCUGUCCCCAAAGCCGAAUCCCUCAAGGAUCUCUUCAGCCUCAAGGGCAAGGUGGUCGUCGUGACGGGAGCCUCGGGCCCCAAGGGCAUGGGCAUCGAGGCCGCGCGCGGCUGUGCCGAGAUGGGCGCCGACCUGGCCAUCACGUAUGCGUCGCGGGCCGCCGGCGGCGAGAAGAACGCACGCGAGCUGGCCGAGACGUACGGCGUCAAGGUCAAGGCGUACAAGCUGGACAUUGGCGACUAUGCUAGCGUGACCAAGCUGGUCGACGACGUGAUCAAGGAGUUUGGCAAGAUCGAUGCCUUUAUUGCGAAUGCGGGCCGGACGGCGGAUUCCGGUAUCCUUGAGGGUUCGGUUGAGAAGUGGAUGGAGGUCAUCCAGACGGAUCUUAAUGGCACCUUCCAUUGUGCCAAGGCGGUCGGACAGCACUUCAAGGAGCGCGGCACGGGUUCCUUCGUCAUCACGGCGUCGAUGUCUGGUCACAUCGCCAACUUCCCGCAAGAGCAGACCUCGUACAAUGUUGCCAAGGCUGGCUGCAUCCACAUGGCGCGGUCGUUGGCUAACGAGUGGCGCGACUUUGCCCGUGUCAACUCCAUCUCGCCGGGUUACAUCGACACCGGGCUGUCGGAUUUCGUCGACCCCAAGACGCAGGCGUUGUGGAAGAGCAUGAUCCCGAUGGGGCGUGAUGGUGAGGCCAAGGAGCUGAAGGGGGCUUAUGUGUAUUUGGUUUCUGAUGCCAGCACAUACACGACCGGGGCAGACAUCGUAAUCGACGGAGGUUACUGUGUCCGGUAAGGGGUUAUGGUGUAGGAUGCG